GGUCAUGUCUACAACACAACCUUCAACUGCCGAUCCAAAACGCCCUAAUAAUGUUGUUAAGUAUCAUAUACCAAAGAAAGAAUUAGAUGAAAUUGAUCCCGAUGUUUACGGAGUGGUAUCAAUUCUAUUAAGUACUGUUGGUCUUAUUAUGAAGAUAAAAUGGGCAUCGUGGGUCGCUUUAACAUUCGCAUUAAUUUCUUUAACAAAUGAAAAAGCUUCUGACCGAGAUCCUAAUUCUGGGCGUACGUCAUCUUAUACUGGUGUUUUAUUUUCUGCAUCAGGACUAGUUGUUAAUUAUAUGUAUUUAUUUAUUGGAAUUCCUAAUCCUGCUGCUAACAAAGCUUGA